CUGACAUUACUAAACGACUCUCAGGAGUUUGUCUCACUUUCUACUUUCAGGUAUUCUUCUGAAGAAAAAGUGAAGGACGAUGUUGACUUUCCAAAUUAUGAUCGCAUAGCCAAACGGACGAUAGUCGGCAGAAGGCAAACAAAGGAGCGGGCGGUGAAAGCAAAGGCACAUCUGGAUCCUAAGGCUCCGGUUUCUGCUUCAGCACGGUCGCGAAGAGGUCUGGAGGAUCCGCGAAGCAGGGAUGAUGAGCACAGCGUCGGACUGCUGCUCCUGAUCUCUGCAUGAACACAGAUGCCUCCCCUUCCUCUUGACGAGCGCAUAGUGGUCAUUCAGCGCCCCAGAAACUUAGCACUGUGUGAGAGCCCGCAAACCGUCCCGCAGCCUUCGGCUCAAAUAUCGUCUUCCUCCAAUGGACAACUCGCCCACCCUUCUCAUCGCCGCCCUUCACAGUCCCAUUCACCUGCCUGUAAAUCUCUGACUCUGGAAUGCCAGCGCAGGUCCUCUCGAUUCUUGAAAUCCAUAAGUGACCACUCGGAGGUCCCAGUGAGUGGGAGGCACACCCCUAGUCACUGCCACAGCAAUGGCACAGUGACACUUGGGCCUAGGCUGCCACCCCAUACCCAUAAAAUUGACAUCAGGCUGACAUUGGACCGGAGAGGACAGGGAGAUGGGCUCAGUAACUCGUCGGUGCAUUGCAAAAGCGUAAAAAGUGGCAGAGGAAAAUGUGCGUCUUCACAGUUAGAUCAAGGACAAUGGGAGCGAAAAACCGCAACCGCUGGGAGAUCAGGUGGACCUGAGCCUAGGUGCAUGCAAGUCAAUCAGUUGUCCACUUCCCCUGGAGGUGUCCUACAGUUUGUUCCAGCUCAGACUCAGCAGCAGCAUAAGUUCAGAAGCGACAGGGAGAAGGAGAACUCCAGGAUUUGUAGCAGAGGUGACCAGGAAUUUCUUUCUUUGGAUCACAAGAAGAAACUUGGAAGUGCCCCUCAAAGCCAUAACAGUAACACCCUUCCUUACCACUGCUACUCCGGCACUUUGCCCCAUGCCUCAGUCCUAAACUCAAAAUUCCCCACACCCCCCCAGUCCCGGCCCACCAAUGCUCAGCUUCCAUUUCUGCAACUCAACAAGCCACAAUCGUCCAACAGCAGGGAUCACCGGCCACGCAUUUUUCACGGUCUGCCCCUCUCUCCGUGCUCAUCCCACGCAGGAAGGUUCCCUAGCCCCGAUCACACGUGCACCAUUAACUGCACCCAUCCGUUCAGCUGUUGUCACUGGAAGUUCUUGAGAUGCCGAAGUUGUAAGGGUAACUCUGGGAGCUGUGAGAAAGGUGGAGGAAGCUCUUCCACGUCAUUUUCAUGUGUUCAAAAUGAUGGAGUCGUAAAGAAAAGAGGCAAGGAAAUGGGUCUGGGUAACCUGGGUGGAUGUCUCUCAAAUGGCUCGACCUCCAACACCUCCUCUUCAAACAGCACUGUGUCCGACUGCCGAGGAAGUCGAUUCAAACCCCUUCUAUGUACAUCCUGCUCUGGUGAAGCCAAAACCUUCGAGAGUCCCACCGUCCUUCGGAAGAGACUCGUUGCAGGAUGCCUCCCGUGUACUCCUUCCGCUCCGCUCCGAGCUAUACAGAGCUGUGUAAUGGGAUGCAACCCCAAAUCCUCUCAGACCGGAAGUUCCACGUGCAGUUACUGCAGCAGUGACCCCAUAGUUGUAACUUAUAACCCCCACCGGAAACCCCCUGGAAAAGGCAUUGCUGGAGCUCAGUUGAUGCGCAAGUUCCAAACGGAUGAUGAAGACGACUACAGUGCUAGCACAGUCUGGCCUGGAGAACUAGCUAAGAAGUUUUCCCAUUCUAAAGCCCAAAAGAAUUACCGUGCUGAAAUAAGAACAGAGGUGGGUAGAACCUGUGGAAGACAGGCUCAAGGCGAUAGUAAUAGAACGGGCCUUGUUGCCUUGGACUGUCAGAACCUUCAAGACUAUGCACAGGCUCAACACACAGACCAUGCUGGUCGUCAGUGGUUGCAGCAGGGAAGAAUGGCUGCCUUUGAUUUCCUGGGGAGCAGGUCAAGGUCAAGAUACGAUGGAGGCCAGAACUCACUAAAGAGACUGUUGAAUAUGGAAGACAUAGGGAUGGAUAAUGGUUCGGAACAACAUACAGAUGUUCCCUUUUCUCAGUCCUUUUCUCCCCUCUCUGCCUCACCGCCAUCACCUGUGUCCUUUUCUCCUUCACCCUCUGCCCCCAGCACGCUUACCAAACCAAAACCCUGGCUUCGGGACAAGGAGGGGGGACACUCGCUGCCGUCAGCUCAGUCGCUUCACCUCGCCCUCAACUCCCUGAACAGGGAGCAGGAUGAAGAGAGGAGCCGAAUGCACCUCUCCCUGCCACUUUCAUCAUCACUGCCGGCGUCUCUUUCUGAUGAGAGCGUGAUGACACCUGAUGCCGAAAAUGCUGUGAUCAGUCCAAUCCUACCUUUUCUGUUCCUGGGAAAUGAAAGAGAUGCCCAGGACCUAGAUCUGCUGCUUCGCCUUAAUAUUGGCUACGUGGUUAACGUCACCACACACCUUCCUCUGUACCAUGUCAACUCUGGACUGCGCUACAAACGGCUGCCUGCCACCGACAACAGCAAGCAAAACCUUCAACAGUACUUUGAAGAGGUUUUCGAAUUCAUUGAGGAGGCCUAUCAGAGUGGACAGGGAGUACUGGUGCACUGCCAGGCCGGUGUGUCUCGCUCUGCGACUGUCGUCAUUGCCUAUCUAAUGAAGCACACCCUCAUGACCAUGACAGAUGCCUACAAAUAUGUGCGGAGUCGGCGUCCCGUGGUUUCACCAAAUCUGAACUUUAUGGGCCAGCUGUUGGAGUUUGAGAGGGACCUCAACUCUGGGGUGACUCCCCGUAUCCUGAUGCCUAAACUAAACGGUGUGGAGACGCAAGUGUGAAAAAGGUCAGAGGUUGGGAGCGUUUACCAUUUUACCACUGUUCAUAGAGUCUGAGCUGAGAAAAACGUUAGAAGAAAUAUUACAACUACAAUAAUGUGACAAUUCAUGUAUUUUUUAUUCCUGGAAAAAAAUUGAUAAACGUUUUUUUUUUUUUUCUUAACCGUUCAACAGUUGAUCAAUUUAAUCACCAUCCAGUAUAAUAAUUAGAUGAUAAUGUGCCAAUGUUUUGUAUUAAUCUAACAUCAAUCUAAGAUAUGAAAUAUAUCAUUUGUACUAAUAACAACAGCAUGCGACACAUUAGCACACACAAAGCUACAUGUCUUCGUUACAUGUAUCGUAGCAUCCUCUCUUCCAAAACAAGAAGCACCAAAGCAUGUGUAUAGCCCUGUGUUGGUUGGCUAAAGUACAGUUCAUGAAUACUGUUUUCAUGCUAGCAAAGGAGACAACAACGUAGCAAAAAAGACACAUUCGUUUCCUUUGGUAUAAUUAACGUCUGAUUUUUGAUUCAAAACGAGUGAGCCCUAAUCUGUAGCCUUGAAACCUGAAUUUUUUAUAGCUCUCAAGUAAUCCGUGACUGUGUUAUUUUAUUCAUUUCAUUCAUUUAGAAACACAAAGGCUACUCGACUUCCCAUGCAUUCCCUAAAUUUGUCAGUAUGUUAUAGUGGAAAUUUUUAUUUUAAUUUUAUGAAAACUUGCAAACGUCCUUGGCAUAUGAAAACCAAAUUCAUUGUACAACAAGUUAACAUUUUUAAAAAGUACAUUUUCAAAGUUUUUUUUUUUAAACGAACUUCCUGGCCACGAUGGGUUUAGGCUAACAUGCUACGUGCUAAUGUACCCGUAACAUGCCACUAACACUAUACUCUAGAGUGCUGCUAAAACAAGCUGCUUACUUGUUAUGGGGCUAAAGCAUGAAAACGAUGUUGCUAACACGCUAAAAGCUAUAUGCCUGUGUUAAUGUGCAUUUCUUACAUCCAGUGGACAAUCACUAAUCCCACUAAAUGUUUCCUUUAUUUAUUUUGGAAUUUAAAAAAAACUGAAAGGAGAGAUUUAUAGAUAAAACAAUCAUGUACCAGGAGAGUUAAAUCAGGCUUUUGAAAACACAGUCUUAGCAACGCUAACAGGUCAGGAAAGGGGGGGCUACCUGGUUGACAAUAAAAAUGAUAAAUUAUUAUAGAUUACUAUUAACAAAACUACAUACUUCCCCUUUAAGGAAUGCAAAAAAAAAAACCUACUUUUUUUUCUCUGAUUUUAUAACUAUCAAUGGACCAUAAACUGUUUAAUAUUGUAUUAUUUAGACACCGAGAACUUAGUUGGUUAUUUAAAAUUCAAUUACAGUGACAAAGUUGUAAUUGUAAUUUGCCUUAUAACCCCUAACGGGAGAUGUGUGUGGCAGUUUUUGAAACUGCAACUGUUUUCAGUUUUAUCAUACACAUUUUUGUCAUUCACUGUGAAGCUCCAGAUAAGUCCAAUGAAUAAUAGUACACUGUACCUUUAAGAUCGGCUGUACGUCUUGUCUCAGUCAUGUCUAAGGCUGUACAGUAAAAAGUAAAAAAAAAAAAA